AACAUCGGAACACCCCACGCAUGUCAGUCGUGCGUUCACCGUCAGUGCGCGAGUCGCUUUUUCGCGUUUCGGGAAAAUUAUAUACGCACGCACGCGUAAACAGUGCGCGACUGCCGUACAGCGGUGACGAUUUUAGGGAUUUUUUUUUUAGACAUAUUAUAAUAAUAUAUUAAUAUCAUUAUAGUAUAAUUUAGAAUCUAUCCUCUCGCCCGGUCGACUCGAUUGUUUUUUGUGUUAUUGCGAUUCGUUUCUCCGGAUUUCAUCCCGAGUGCCGGCAGUCGUGUCUUGUGUUUAUUUUCGUGCUCCGCGCGUCAUCCCCGCGAGCGAUUCCAAACAUCAUUAUUGUCAUUUCAGAUCGUUUUCGUCAGUGUAUACUGUUUUUCCGCUUUCUCAUCCUGCCGAAGUCUAUGCUGUGUGACAUUUCGAAACAACGAUAAAAAUGUAUACGAUCUCAUCGAUACCGGGAUUCCUAGUGCGAUGGUGGUUUGAAUAAUGUAUCAGUCGUACUGCAUUUUUGAGUAUGCUGUUUGAAGAAACUUUAAGGAACAACACCUUCUACAACGACAAUAUUAGCGACGGAAACAACUACAGCCGACACGAUGACCCGUGGGGCCCGAGGAGAGACCCGCUACCGGUCGUCGUGCCCGUCACCCUCGUCUACACCCUGAUAUUUGCCACGGGCAUCGUGGGCAACGUGAGCACGUGUAUAGUGAUCGCCCGGAACAAGUACAUGCACACGGCCACCAAUUACUACCUGUUCAGUCUCGCCGUGUCCGACCUGCUGCUGCUGCUGUCCGGACUGCCGCAGGAGAUCUACCAGACAUGGUCCAGGUAUCCUUAUGUGUUUGGAGAGAUGUUUUGCAUAAUCAGAGGGUUUGCAGCGGAGACAUCGACGAACGCUACUGUGUUGACAAUUACAGCGUUUACCAUUGAAAGAUACGUUGCAAUUUGUCAUCCGUUUAUAUCACACACAGAAUCAAAUCUGCCCAGAGCGUUUAAAUACAUAUUAAUCAUUUGGGUUAUAGCGUUGACACUGGCUUUUCCUCAGGCCAUACAGAUGGGACUUGUGUACGGACGCGAGCAGGACGGCACCAUCAUACCAGAGCUGUCCACGUGUGGGCUGGCCAACAAGCUGCCGUACGCGUUCGAACUGUCUUCGGUACUGUUCUUCCUGGCUCCGUGGACGCUCAUCGUCGUCCUGUACAUACUCAUCGGCCUUAAACUGUACAAAUCCAAGCGCGACUCGUCCAGGACAACGUGCUCGGCUCACUGCCGGCACACCGCGUGCCUGAGCUCCACCAACACCAGGGCCACCGGGCGUGUAGUCAAAAUGCUUGUUGUCGUGGUGGUGGCCUUUUUCGUCUGCUGGGCGCCAUUUCAAGCACAAAGGCUAGUUGCUAUCUACGGAGACGUGAAUCACGAGGACCACUCGAGCACUUCGAUAAUCGAUGCAAAUGUAUAUCAGGUGCUCAACUACGUAUCGGGAAUCUUGUAUUACUUGUCAGCUACCAUAAACCCGCUUCUGUACAACCUCAUGUCGUACAAAUUCCGGACAGCUUUCAAAGUGAGUAGAGGAAACUUGGAGGUCAUGCAAAGGGGCCAGUGGAAUAAGUCCCGAUCACGGCAUGCCCGCUUUGGACUACAAAUGGCAGAGACACCACAGCCACAGCAGAAGCUUCAGUAGUAGUCAUUUUGACGAGGUGAAUUCGAUGAAACGACUGAUGGCGAACAAGUCCUGGCAACCUACGAUCGUAGCGAUCAACGAGACCAGUGACACAGGUACGUCGUCGGCCGUGGACAAGUCAAGGCGGUUUCCACGCAAAAUGAUCUUCAGCAAACAAGACGCAAUCAAAGAAAACGGCACGGCAAUGCUGGAAAACGGAAUAACCGUUGGCGUGUUGACCAAUAACAACAGGACAACCACGAUGCUGAUGACGCCGAAUUAAAUUUAGUGUUCCUACUUAGCGUUACCUGCCCAGGAUGUCAUAACCAGAAAUGCUCACGAAAGAUAUUAAAACCUGAGAUUGGUACUUGUUUGUUAGUGGAGGCCAUAGUAAACCCUAUUUCCAUAUACGACCUGGUCUCCACACUUAAAUUUAUAUCCUCUGUUAGGUUAUAUUACAUGUGAAGGAAAUUUGCAUUUCCCCCCUUUGGUUUGACGAUGUGUAUAAACACACUUGAAUUCCUAAUUAAUUCCAUGCGGAGGACAACAAGAGAAAUACAGAUAGAAAAAAAUUAAAAAUUAGGUUUUACAAAUUAGAAACACAAUGAUUAUAGUACAUUCGUGUAGUAGCUCUAAUCGAGUUCCUACAAUUUUUGAAUGAGGAGUUUUUCAAAAUAAUUAACUC